AUGGAGUGGGCGAGGGCUGCCGCUGCUGGCGCCGGCGGCUUGGCACAACUGGGCAGCCUGUGGUACGGCCAGCGCUGUACUUGCCAGGUGGAGCUGGGGGACGGGUUCGCUGUGGACCGUGAGCUGCUGCGUCUGCUCGAGGGGCAGCUGCAGAGGUGCGGGCCCGCGAACCUCACGGUGCCGGCGCCGUGCCCGCCGCCCGAGUGCUCGGGCUUUCCUGGGCUGGUGGUCUUCUUGGUGGCGGUGCUGGCUUACCUGGCAGGGUUCGCCGCUGCUGCCUCCUGUGGCUGGUGGUGCCUGAGGCGCUCGGAGGGUCGUGCCACGCCUGAGGGCUCAGGGACUCCGUGCCUGACCGACGGUUCCUGGGUGGUGACCACCCCCGAGAGAGACAUGUACCUCGAGGACCUCCAGGAGGGCGUGGAGAGCCUGGUGUUGCUGGGUCCGAUGGGAGGCCUGCCGAUCGGCUGGAACCGUGGGCCCACGCACCUGUUCAGGAACUCGUCCCAGGGUCCGCUGCACCGUGAGGAGAGCCUGCGGCUCCAGGCGGAGGGCGCGGAGCUGGCCUUGCAGGAGAGGCGCGACCUGGGCCUGGCCGCUUCUCCGCCGCUGCCGCCGCCCACGGGCGCGCCUCCGCCGCUGGCUCUGGAGGGCGUGCCGAGCGCGGGCGAGGGAGGAUGGCGGUGCUCGGAGAACCGUGGAGGCGCUAGGCUGGGCGAGCGUGUCGGCGACGCGGAGCUGGAGGCAGGCUGCCAGCGAGGGGAUCGUGGAGUGGCCCUCGUGGGCGACGUCUUCGUGUCAUGCGCUUUCUUCAGGCCGGGCCGGCAGAUGCCUACGCCUAGGGAGGAGGAAGCGGCGGAGCCGGCGUCCAACGAGCUGCGCACCCUCCCCGUGAAGUACGAGACUGCCAGCCAAAGGCACCGCUCCUACAAGGAGGCGGCGUCGCUGACCACGACGACGGCGUUCGAGGACUGGCCGAUCAGCGGCCCUAGGACGGCGGAGUGGCUGGCACGUGAGAUCGCUAGACAGGAGCUCACGCCCGUGCGCCGCCACUUCUGGUGGAGACAGCUGCUAGGCUUGGGCCCCAGUGACUGGGGCGUCGGGGAGCACGAGUCCUUGAGCCGGCUCUUCGAGUACGCUCUGACUUACGACCAGCUAAACUUCGGCGAGCUUGCGUCGCUGGAGCUUGCGGGCAGGCGCUACCAGCUGCUCGAGGAAAGGUACGCCCGCAUGCUCAUCGCGGCAACGGCGGGCGGCGACAGCGGCCACCUCGACGACGACAGGCUGUUCAUGGGCGAGGAGGGCCGCCGUGGCCGUGCUCUCGUGGCGCCUGCUCUAGAGUCUUGGAUUUCCCAGAAGCUGUCCGAGGAGAGCGCGGUGCUCAAGGAGCGCCGCAAGGCGAAGGAGGAGCGGCAGCUGGCCCGCUCGACCGAUGCUGCUCCAGGUGCUGGAAGCGGCAAGAACGACGAGAAGCCCCCCAGGAGGAUGGCGGGCCGCCUCGGUGUUGCAGGUGAAGGCCUAGACUGGGCUCGGGACUUGCUGCCGCUGCCAUCUGGGCGCUGCCUGGCUGAUCUCCUGGAGGGACUCUCGCCAGCUGGCCUGGGUGUGUCGCGCUGUGCGGAUCGGCGGCGCUCGCGCCGACGGGCUGCCGAGGCGCGGCUGCAGGACGGCAUCUCGACGCUCAACGUGCUGGGCGGCCGCGGCGAGGAGUGGGGCCCCAAAGUGCUGCCAGGUGCUGUCCAGCGCCAGGCUGUGGCCAGCUUGGCCCGGGCCUACUUUGCCGUGCCGCCGCCGCCCGACGACCUCACCGCCUCGGGAGCGUGGUCUGCGCUUCUGGGCUGCGGUUCCGGCUACGCCGUUGCAGGUGUUGUCGCCGGAGAGUUCGCGACCUACCAGCGCGGCAGGCUUGCCCUGCCAGCGGUCGGUAACCAGGCGAUCGACCUCGUCAGUUGCCUGCCCGACCACUGCCAGAAGUUGCUGGAGGAUAGUGGCCGCGCUAUUCGGCUACCAGCAGUGUGUACACAGGACGUGGCGGCAGAGGUGGACGAGUUGGGCCCUGCGAUGGAUCCCAUCCUGGCUAGGUCGCCCAGCAAGUACGCCGAGUUUUUGAUGUCUGCAUACGAAUCGGGUGUCGUCGAGCCGGCGACUGAGGUUCGCAGUUUUGUGGGAGUCUUCUUUGUGCGUAAGAAGGACGGCUCGUUGCGGAUCAUCUUCGAUCCUCGAAAGACGAACUCGCAGUUUGUACCUCCAGAUAGUGUUGCUCUGGCGUCUCCUGAGGCCCUGGGUGACCUUGAGUUGCCUGCAGGCCAGCGGUUGUGGGUCAGUGAGGGCGAUGUCGAGAACUGCUGCUACCAGUUCCUGCUGCCUGACGACCUGAGGGCCGACUUCGUGUUACCUUCGGUGCCUCGGAAGCUGCUGCCGCGGAGUCUGCGCCGCUUGUUCCCGCCCGGGCACGACUUCGUUCACUUCCAGGUGCGCGUGGUGCCGAUGGGCUGGAGCUGGGCCGUGGCGCUGGUGCAGGCGGCGAACGGGGAGCUGCUGCGAGCUGGUCCGCAAGGGGCCCGCCGCUGGAUCUGCAAUCGCCGCUGCGCGCCUGCUGUCGCCGGGCGUGAGCCCGCUGCUCUCCUGUACAUCGACAACUUCGCCUCGCUGGGGACGGUGAAGGAGACAGUCCAGCUCGACGGCGACUCGAUGGAGAGGCAGCUGAGGGGACGCGGUCUGACUACUCACGACGUCUCGGGGCCGCAAGUUGACGUGGACCUGCUCGGGUUCCACAUCGACGGGGUGAAGGGGGCGAUUCACAUCGCGCCCAAGCGGUUCUGGAGGCUGGUCAUGAGUCUGGACUAUAUCCUGAACCACCCCCUCCUGACGGGAGCCGAGCUAGAGCGGCUGAUCGGGCAUUUGACGUGCGUGCUGCUGCUACGACGCGAGGUGCUCAGCUUGCUCAGUGCGUCCUACGUCUUUGUCGGCAAAUGCCGCUCUCGGCGCGUGCGGCUCUGGCCUUCGGUGCGCCGAGAGCUGACCUGGAUGCGAGCGCUGCUGCCGCUGGUGUGGGCGGAUCUGCGCGGCGCUUGGGCCCCCAGCGCGAUGGCCGUGGACGCCUCGAUGACUGGCUUGGGCGCGGUGGAGCGCUCCGCGGACCCACGCGACGUCGGGCGCAUCGGCCGAGUUAGAGAGCGCUGGAGGUUCAAGGAGCGCGAGCUGGUUGCCGAAGGCUCGCGUGCACGCGCCUUGCGUGAAGGGGCCGUCGGCGACUCCCCGUUCCCCGACGUGCCGUCGGACUUCUGCAAGGCCGCCUCGUGGAAGACCGUGGCCUCGAGACGGUCGACGGCCUUGCCGUGGCACCGCCUCCUGGGCUCGAGCGUGUCAGGACUGGGGCUGGAGGCGGUGGGGCCCUCUACCCAGCAGAACUACCUGAAGUGCCUCAGUGGCCUCUGCAACUGGCUCGGAGUGGAGACGCUGCCCAGCUGGAGCGCGCUGGAGUGGGACGACGCACUGCUGCAGUACCUGAACGACGAGUUCGCGCAGGGAGUGCGGCCGAAUAGGGCUGCGAAGCUGUUGUCGGCGGUGCUCUGGGCACGACCGGCGCUGGGGCGGCCCCUGCGGGUGGUGUUGCCGAGGAGCAGCCGGGCGCUGCUGGGCUGGAAGCGCAAGCGGCCUGGCCGCUCUCGCCCACCGCUCCCUUGGCUGGUGCUCUGCGGCGUGCUGGAGCUCCUGCUGCUGAAGCGGGAGGUGGCGAUGGCGUGCGCACUCUGCCUCAUGUUCCACUGCUACCUUCGGCCCGGAGAGCUCCUGGCGAUGGAGGCGUUUCAGCUGGUGCCGCCUGCGGCCGGGCUGCAGGGCGGGUUUCGCUGGUGGACGCUGCUGCUUCAUCCCGAGGAGCUGCUGGUGCCCAGCAAGACUGGCGAGCUGGGCGACUCUCUGCCGCUCGACGUGCCCGAGCUCCAAUGGCUUGCCCCCGCGCUCAGGGAUCUGAAGGCGCGGCUGGAGCCCCGCGAGCCGCUGUGGAGUUUCGGCUACGCGCAGCUGCGCGAGGAGCUCGAGAACGCGCUGGCGGUGCUGGGACUUCAAAGCCUCGGUGCCACGCUGUGCUGCCUACGGCGCGGAGGGGCAAGCCACGAUCGGAUCGUGGGAAGGAGGUCGCUCGAGGAGGUGGCCAAGCGAGGCAGGUGGCGAGCUCGCCUGUCCGUGCGGAGGUACGAGAAGCACGGCCGCCUGGCGCUGCAAGUGGCGAAGGUGCCGCCCGUGGUGCAGGAGCGGCUGCGACUCAGCAUGCAGAGGCUGCCGCAGCUGUUCGCCAGAAUCCCCGCGGCCGAGUGGGACAUCAUUCGAGGAGCGCAGUUUGAUCUCACCAAGGCGUCCAGUGUCGAAGUCCUGAAAGGAUGGAUUCUCAGUGGUGAG